UACAACAAGCAAAUCUCGUCGCUUCCUCACUUCACUGCGGUUCCUUUGCUGGACCUUCUUGCAAGCGGGCUGUCCCACAUCACCAACCCGCCACUUGACUUAACGACGUAUAAUAAAUUACCACUGAUUGCUUAUAACCAGUGAGGCUUGGCUUGGGCACUCACGCUUCGCGAAUUGCUCCCCGCGGCCCCUCGCCCACCAGCCUCAGCCGCGAGGCCUUUUUGGCUGCUGUAGACGAUACAGCAUACAGCUUUGUGUGCUGCUCUGGCUUAGUUCAGCUUUGCGGGCGACGAGAGGUUUCUAAACCGCAUCCUUCGUCCUGAGGAGCGGCUAUAAUGACCAUAAUGCAUCAGGGGCACGCACAUCGUCCAGCAGUGGAAUGGCUUUCAGACCUGCAGCGGGCCAAGCAAGAAGGCCUAACGGGGACAAAGCCAAAAAUUACAAUCCAGGACCUCAUUGAAAAGGUCAAUGAUCCAAACGCCCCGGAGCAAGCGCUCAUCCCCACCUCGCCACGGUCCGUGGAGUCGUGCUUCCGGUUAGGCGUGGACCCUUUGGAGCUGCAGUUCCACCCCAUUGCGUUCUACAAGUACACGGGUGACACGGAUGAGAUUGCCCGCAUCCGAUACGACAAACAUGAGCAGGUCCGCCGUGAGCGCAUCAAGUCGCUCAUCGAGCUGCGCAAGCGCCUGGUGGACGACGGCUGGACCGGCGAGCCCGGCCGCGCCACCGUGCCCGGCGCUGGCGGAGCCAAGAAGCCCAACGCCGACGCUCCGCGUCCCGGCACCGCCACCAUGGUGGAGAAGGAGCGCGCGCGGCUGGAGGUGCUGAAGAAGCGCCAGGAGCGCGAGAUUAACCAGAUGCUGCAGCACGAGACGCAGCGCAAGGAGCUGCUGGACAGGCAGCAGAAGAAGGUGGACGCGCUCGAGGCCCGCACGGCGGAGCUGGCGCGGCAGAAGGCGGAGCACGACCGCGAGUGGCUGGCCAAGCAGCGGGAGCUGGAGCUGGCGCGCGUGGCGGAGCAGCGCGAGCUGGACCGGGAGGCCAAGCGCAUGGCUGAGGAGCGCUUCAAGCGCGAGCGCGAGGUGCAGCGCGCCAAGGAGGAGGAGGAGAAGCGGCUGAAGCGCGAGGCGUACGCGCGCGAGCUGGAGCGGCGGGCCAAGACUGCAGAGGCCCGCGCCGAGACCGACCGCAUCCUGGCCGAUCAGGCCGAGCGCGUGCGGCAGCGCAAGAUGCAGAUGGACGCUGCGGACGCGGAGCGCGCCAAGCGGCUGCAGCAGGAGGCGCACGAGCGGCACCUGGCAAAUAUUGAGAAGCGGAAAAAGGCGGAGCAGCGGAUCACGUCUGCGCUCGCGAGCAGCCACGAGAUCCUCCGCAAGAGGCGCGACGACUUUGAGCGCAAGGAGCGCGACGCCGAGGUCCGCCGGCUGGAGCUGGAGAAGGAGGAGAAGCGCUCGAUGGAGAUGAAGCGGCAGCAGGAGCUGGAGAAGGAGCGCGACCGGCAGAACAAGUACCUGACGGCGGUGGAGAUCGAGGAGGGGCGCAAGAAGGCCAUCCGCGACAAGGCCGAGGCCAAGGAGCGCGAGAUGGCUGAGCUGGCAGCGGCGCGCAAGCGCGAGCAAGACAUCCGCCGCGUGGAGCGGGAGUUUGAGCUGAAGCGGCGGCUGGACCGGGUGGACGAGAUCCAAAAGGUCAACUUGUAUCAGCGGCAGUCGCUGCUCGAGAGGAUCAUGGAUGACUACCAGCGCACGCGCAGCAUGAUGAAGGAGCGCCACAGCCUGAUGCAGGCUCGCAAGGACGCCAACAUGGCUGCCUCGCUGCAGCGGCAGCAGGUGGCUGCGGCCAUGGAGCAGCUCAAGUACGCCAAGAGCCUGGAGCGACUGGCGGGACCCAACGGCACCGUGUCGGUGGACGCGUUGGUGAGGAGGCCGGGCACCGCACGGUGAUAGAUGGGGGGGGCCGCUGGGCUGGGAGUCGUGGUGGGGGGGAGUUGGGGGGCUGCAGCGGUUGGUUGGGUGCAGCGUUGCCCAGGGCUGCAAAGCCAGGCGGGCUUGAGGAAUUGGGGAGGCGGGGAUGAAGACAAGAAUGAGAGUUGCUGAGGCGGGCACGGCGGCGGUUUGACCGUGAUGAAACUCAAUAUAGCCGCCUGGACCAGUUGCAACGUGUGCGUGCAAGGUUCUCACGGUUCUCACUAACAAGCAAUUACCGUGUAUGCCGCCAACAAGCCGCGCCGCUCUGGUGUGCUUGAACAGCAUGCGGAUCUUAUUUAGGGCUGUGUUAAGGUGGUGGACAGGGCUGUGUGGUGUGCUCCGCACCCUGCGAAAGGGUUUUUCCUCCUCCCUAUUUUUUGCGGUGUGAGGCGCGGCGCCGGGGCAGUGGGGCGCCAAAGGUGCAGAGGGUAUUAAUAUGGUGACGGGGGUUGUUCUUGUCCUAGUCUGGCCGGAGCGGGACUGCAGGAGCUGUGCAGAGGCAGUAUCCGGCCAAUCGCGUGUUCGUUUUGUUUUGUGCCUAAUGCGUAACAAGUUCUUGACGUUUGACCUGGCGACUGACGCACGAUGUCCAAGUUGACGACUUUACCUUACGUGCACCAACGUGUGUCCACACCAUGCUUGGACUUUCUGGACUCGUGCGGACGGCGUGUGACAUGCGCAAGCCGCUUCCCGUGUGUGGUGCCUGCCUGCGAGCGGCCCUGGAGCGUGUGGCCCGCUGCGAAUAUAGGACGUGACGCCGACUGCAUUUCGGUAAUACAUGGCGGUGGGUGUGGAUGUGCUGAUGAGUUGGAUUGAGGUGUGCUCAGUUCGGGAUCAGACGGGAUAACCAGGCAAAUAGACCGCGCAAGUGGCUGGACUUGCUGUGUGUGCUGGGAGGCAGGUUGCAGCAUGCCAGAGCAGUGUCGUGUGAGGCGAGUCGUGUCAGCUCCGUACAAAGAUUAAGACACUGGUUUAUGGAAACCCAGCUCUGUAAACGACAUCCAUG